UAACAAAUCGUGAUUUGAAUCAUGAACGUUGUUACUUGUUAUUAGUAUUUUACAAUUUACACUUUUUUGUGUAUGAGUCAAAAAUAAACAAUACUUUAAAGUUAUUAUAAUCUAAAGAUUGAAUUGUCAUAAAUUUGUAUGGGUGAAGUGUGAUAAUUUAAAGUUAAGUUCUUCUAUUGCAACUUUUACGGAGAAUAUAGGAGAUAAGGGCCAAUGUGCUCCGAUACGAAGAAAAAUGGAUUUUAGCUCUUUAAAUCCGAUUACAUCAAAUUCCUUAAACCUGGCCGCAAGAAAUAACGAUGUGCAAGGCGUAAAAAGGUUACUCAAAAAGAUUAAUCCAAAUUGUAUCGAUAACAGGGGAUGGACUUGCCUUCACGAAGCUGCUGCUAAUGAUAGUUAUGAAAGCUUAUUGCUCAUUUUAAAACAUCCAGACACUAGACCAUUAGUUGAAACUCAUGAAGGGCAUACAGCCUUAUAUCUUGCCUGUCGUCAUAUUUGUUCUCUGAAAACAAUUAAGACUUUGCUAGAUUAUAUACCAGAUAUUGCAAACUACGGUAGUACUGAGGGUGUAACACCCUUGCAUGUUAGUUGUGGACAAGGAAGAGUUGAGGUAAUACAGCUUUUAAUUGAUUAUGGAGCUAUGCUUGAUGUACAAGACUUUGAUGGUGACACACCUCUACAUGAUGCGGCUUUAGGCUUGCAAUAUGAAGCUGCAGAAACUCUAUUGUAUGUUGGUGCAGAUCCAGAAAUAAAAAAUGAGGCAAAUUAUACACCAUUUCACUUGGCUUCUUAUAAGGGUUGCUUGAAAACAGUGCAUAGUUUGUACCCAUUUGUGACUGAGAUUGACCAAUUAACUGUCAAUGGUGAUAGCGCAUUGAUUCUUGCUGCACAAGGAUGCAAUGAUGACAUUGUAAAAUUUCUGCUAAAGAAUGGAGCUGAUCCUCAUAUAAAAAAUCAGUAUGGAGAUUUAGCCUUAACAGUUUCUUUAAACAUGGGUUACAGUACAAUCUUUAAAACAUUAUUAUCUGUCAUGGAUGUUAACAAAAUAGAUCAAAACAUAAUUUUAUAUGCAUGUAAGCCUCAUUAUUUUAAAUUUGAAAUAUUGGAGAGUCUUCUUAUGCAUAACUUGGGUCCAGAAUUCUUUGACUUUAUAGAGCAAUUCCAUGUCACUUUAGAAAAAAUUGGAGAUUUAAGGCCCACAUACUUGACAAAUGCCCCUAUCAACUCAUAUUUGAAUAUCUGUGAAUACAUAUAUAGUACCUCACCUGACAAAUUUAAGGAGUUCUUCCUUUUAUUUCUUAUGAGAGGUUUAGCAGUUGAUGCAUUGGACGUAAAUGAAUGUCCACCACUGGUUUACAUUCACUAUUGCAUGCAUUCUGUGUGUUUUGAAGAGGUUUUCAGUAUACUACGAAACCAUGGGUGCAAUGUGGACUAUUGUAGUGCCAAUUCAUGUAUAAAUACAGAGAAAUGUGUGCCCGAUGCAUUCUUGGCAUCACUGACUUCAGAUCCAGCAACAAUACCAAUUAUGUUGCCAUACAGUAUAUACGGAGAACCAGGCUUCUUGCUCAAAUUUGCAUGUGAUAAUGGUAUCUUAGGAAGGAUACCGCAAAGUGUUCAAGACCAAAUCUUAUCAAUGAUAGGUAUAUUUAAGGAAGGGACCACUGCAGAAACUCUACCAUUCACCCCAUUACCCUUGAAGCAUUUAUGCCGGGUAAAAAUUAGAUCACUUUUAAAAAAGAGAACAAAGCGGUAUACCACACAACAGUUUUUAAAUGUUUUAGAUAUGAUUAGACUACCUCAGAUUAUUAAAAAUUAUUUACGGUACAUGUAAUUGUACAUAGAAAGUUGUAAUACUUAUGCACAGAAUGUGUUAGUCCUAUAUCAUAUUAUUUGUGAUGCUAUGAAAAAUGCACAAAUAGUGGCCUUACUCAUUCUUUUAACUUACCUUUAGUCCUGUUAAUAUUUGUCUACUUUUAAAAGCUAAUUUAUCGUAGAACAAUUAAAAUUGUAGUAGAGUGAAAAUUUACUAACAUUUUUUCAAAUACAAAAGAUACUCAUAAUAUAGAAAUUGUAUGAAUUUUUUUUUUUGCAAAAUGUGUACUGUUAAUACUGAAGCUAUCUCAAGAUUUCCCCAUGAAAAUAAAAAUGUUUUUUGUUUCAAAUAAGUUUAGGUUUGAUUGAUUGGUUUCCAUUAUGCAUCAUGUUCGUAAGAUAGGUACAUUAGCUUACUUUUGGAGAAUCCACCAGAAUUACAAUUAGGAAAAAUAAAUGUAUUUUUCCUCACUUCGCCCACGUUUUUUUAAAAUAUAUAUUUGAAGUUGCAAGUUCAGAAAAAAAAUACAAGAUUUUUCUAGUUAUUAACUUGCAGGAGCAAGUUUGGAGUUAUUAGAAGAAAAAAAAUUGUGAUAUUACUAUUAUAAGAUUUGUUAUUUAUUUAUAAAGAACCUGGUUGCUUAAUUCAAAUCGUGAUAAAAACAAAGAUAUAACAGUGUAAAUAUUUAUUUCAACAA